GGAUUUCUCUUGCUCACUCCACCCAAGCCAGAAUUAAACAGGCCACUACUUUGGAAUCGCUCCUGCAAGAAAGGAAUAAAUUAAUCCAAAACUACCACCACCAAGAACUAACCCAACAAAAAACCACUCUUCUCCGCCAUCAGCAACAAGAAAGGUGGGUUUGGGGUGGUUUACUAGCAGCAUUAGCAAUUAUUGCCAUUGGUGAUAUAUUUGGUAAAACGGGACGAAAAGUUAUCCACGAAUACCUACCAGAACUAAAAAAAGAACAGGAAAUUGACCUCACCAUUGCUAAC